GCUUGCUGGUGUAGAGCUUGACUUGGAAUUUCAAACGCCCGGCGUGCAACUCGUAUGAAAAGGAAGAAUCACGCAGGCUUGACGUAAAGUGACAAUAUGAUGGCGAGCGUAGUUGUUCAUACAACAAACGACACUGCUUUAAGUGAUUGUCACAAACAAAAACAGCGUCUUUACGUUUGUUUGUGUGGGCAGGGUUUUUCCUGGCUCAAAUUGAGGCAGGGGUGAUACUACUAUUCUGAUCAGUCGCACAGGGGGCAGCCAGCCGCGGUCACACCAUGAACAGUCGCCAUGAGCAUGAGAGCCUCCCCGGGUCCACAUUCGGGAUCCAAGCCGAACGCUGACGCCAUAGGGGGGACGUUCACUUUGCUUCCCUUGAGCCUCAGGAGGGAGUCACGUGACUCGCCCUCGGAUGCUCCAGACAACUUCCGGUGGGCUGACAAAAUCCCGAGCAAGCCCAAGCGCUCGGAGCAGACUUACAUGAGCGGCGACGUCUCGGAAGUCGUCGAAGCAAACCGGGCCGCCGCCGUGGGGGUUCUUUCCCCUGUCGGACCAAUGGGGGGUGAGGGAACCCCGGUGAAAGGUAAACCCCUCUCCGUGGACAAUACGGACAACCCUCAGAUGGCGCAAAACAACACGCCCAAGGAUGCCGACGGCGUCCUUGGGGCCGCGUCCAUCGAAGUGUCGUCUGAGGGCAAGUGGAAGAACCUCCGGAAGAGUCCGGCCAACCCGCACACGCAGGCCAACUGUCUGCGACAGAUCCUGCUGCUGCAGCUAGACCUCAUCGAGCAGCAGCAACAGCAGCUGCAGUCCAAGGACAAGGAGAUAGAUGAUCUCAAAGCAGACAAGGAGACGCUUCUGGCACGUAUCGAGCGCAUGGAGCGCCGCCUGCAGCUCACCAAAAAGGACCCACCGCGCGACAAGCGCCUCUUCCAGCCCCUGGAGCCGUGGACCCCCGACAAGGAGGACAUGUGGGACCUAGAAGUGGAGGAGAGUCCGCAGCCCAAUCCAUCUGCCCUCCUGCCCCUAAGUCGAGGAAGCAAAGGUCAAAAGAGGAAAUCCUGCUUCGGGGAGUCCAAACUCCAAAAGUCGCGCGGCAAAAGCUCCAAGCUGAGUCCUCACAAGCUGGAAAGUCAGCCGGCGUCUCCGUCUCAACGAGAGCUGCGCAACAAGGAAACGCCCGAGAAGAGCGCCCCCGCAGGGCUGCCCUGCAAAGAGGAGGCAGAGCUGAGCUGCCAGAUGGACGACCUUCCCUUCCUGUCCACCACGGAGAUGUACCUGUGCUGCUGGAACCAACCUCCUGUGUCGCCUCUGCGUGAGACUUCUCCCAAGAAGAAGGAAGAGGAGGAGGAGGAGGUGCCCAAUGCAUCCAACACUCACUCCAUGAUUAACUUCCUUUUCCCGUCUUCGUGCCGCCUCUCGGUUCCCUCGUGGCGGGAAAAUGUCAUCGAGGCAUUGGGUGACGAUUUAAGCCUUGACACGCAAGAGCCUCUGGAUGACGGUGUAUUCCUCAAGCGCCACGCCAAGCUGGAACUGGAUGAGAAGAGGAGGAAGAGGUGGGACAUCCAGCGGAUCCGAGAGCAGCGCAUGUUUCAGCGCCUGCAGCAGCGCAUGAACAGGAAGAAGAUCAUACCGGAGACUGAGCCCGAGCUUUCAUCAUUCUAUCCGGAAACUGAAGACGUUGAAGCGAUCAUGAUCACGCCCUUCUUGCCAGUGGUCGCAUUUGGUCGGCCGUUGCCCAAACUCAUACAAGAGAACUUUGAUCUGCCUUGGCUGGACGAGCGCAGCCGCUGUCGCAUUGAGGUUCCCAAGAAACACACUCCUCACCGGACCUGUCGCAAGUGAAUGUCACCGAGCAGGAGACGCGGUCAUUUAGUACGAUGCGGUUUAGUCCCUAGUUGUGUGUGUGUUCUCGCGCACGUGCGUGUGACUACUGUUGCUUUCUGUGUGGAAGCUAAAGGCGUCUCCCCGCCUGGGCUCAGAACACACAUAUCACUCAGUCACUGGCGUGUGGUGUGAGACAGAAGCUCUGUUCCCACCUUCUAAUAACAUCACUGUUACUGCACUCAGUUGACACAUAAAUAAACUUUUCACAUUGGACAACUUUAAACCUCCCGACUCGCUGCUUUGGGGGAAGAAAUGUCCCAACCUAUCUGUGGUGCUGUAUAUCUGUCUCUCAACCAUCCAUCUUUGGAUCAAUGUGAUGUGUGACAACUUCACACUCGAAAGCAUGUUGGGGGGGAAGCAAUUUUGGAAAAAAAAUGAAAGGCUGAAUCCAUUUCCUCUUGCGGGGGGUGGGUGGGGGAGAACGAGACGGGUCCUAAUGUUGGCUUGAAGCCCAGUGUUCUGUUACUUUCUUUGGUUUAGUUCUUUUGCUUUUACACUACUCGUAAAAAGUUGUUAAUAUUGGACUUUUGGUUUUAGGAAUCUUGGGCUUUCGGUUGCAAUUUUCAUUCACUUCUAAGCCUUUCUGUGACUCUUGCAGUCUUUGUGAAAGAAGUACUGAUACAUUGAACAGUUGGACAUGUGCAUUCAAAAGUUGAGAGUUCAAAUUAAGUUUACCUGUUAAGGUUAUGGUCCAUCCUGAAAUUUCACCUCAACUCCAUUUUUGUGAGUAGUUUACAUGUGAAUUGCAUGGGUUCUAUUUAGCUGUAACAGACAUCAGAAACAAUGGUAGCAUGGCUUAACCCCUCGAUGGAGCAUCUUCUCUCCUCUUCAGCAAAAUAAAAAGACGCAAGCAUGACAUUUGGCUGUAAGCGUCCAGGAAGAGUGGGAGAAUACUGACACACAAGUAGUGAAUGUAUACGUUGAACUCCAGGAGCAGUUAGUCGACAUCAGGGCUCCAUUUUAGAAACAAAAGUUCCUAGCUUGUAGUUCUAACAAAUCCUGCCAUACUCAUCCCUCUCAGUGAUCUGUCUUUGUUUUGUUUUCCUGCACAAUGCAACAGCUUCAACCGCUCUACAAGUGCGUAGAUGUUGGCUACGUCUGGAAACUUUUAUGUACAUAGCAUUCACAAACAAAUGUACAUAAAACAUGGCUGUUAUUUUUUUAUUAUUUAAUGUUGAACAUGUUGAGUACAUUAAAAAUUCAAUGAUUGUAUGUUGACAAAUUGAACGUUGCAUUUUCUUUUUGGAAUAAAAUGACCAUCUCUAUGCUUUA